AUGGAGAGUGCUAGAAUAGCAAGGUGUAGUUAUGGUGCAGUUACUGUCGUCAUUGCAUUGUUUGAACACAGUAAAUAUGCAGAUGUCUGUAAUGAGAUGUGUUUAAGGUUCAAGGAACUAAAAGUAGGGAGUUUUGAGCUGACAUAUUCUCUUCCUGAGCAUCCUAAUUGCUUGCUGCAAUCAGAUAUGGAUGUGCGUUUGAUGCUUAUGUGUUUAUCGAUGUUGAAGAGUAGUUUUGUUGAUAUUUCGGUGAAGGAUCUUUUGAUUUCAAAUAAUGAGGAUGGCAAUCAUGCAACGUCUAAUCAUGCGGGGCCUGAUCACGCACCUUAUAGUCAUGCAGUUUCUAAUCGUGCAGCUCCUGAUCAUGCUGCAUCUAAUGAUGCAACAUCUGAUCAUGCAGCGGUUGAUCAUGGAGCGUCUAAUCAUGCAACGCCUGGAGCUCCCAAUCAUGCAUUGUCUGCUGGUGCAAUGUCUAACCACACAACUUCUAAUGAUGCAACAUCUAAUCAUGCAGCGUCUAGUGAUGCAAUAUCUAAUCAUACAGCAUCUAAUGAUGUAAUAUCUAAUCAUGCUGCCUCUAAUGAUGCAAUAUCUAAUCAUGCAGCUUGUGGUGAUGCAAUAUCAAAUCAUGCGGCAUCUAAUCAUUUAGCGUCUUCAUCAUGCAUGUUAGAUAGUAGUGCUUUUGAUGAGAAUGAACAUUUGGGGACCUCAAGAUUUCAUGAAGGCGAGACAUAUUUCUCUCAGGGUUGGAAGGAAUAUAUUAAUAAUGUGGGCCAGAAGUUUGAAGGGGGUGUAUAG